AACAUGAUUAUAUCUUUUCUCCUUUGUAGUUUUGUUAAAGUGUCAUUCUCUUUUCUAUUCUUUACAUGCUUUUGCCUUGUCUCAUUUCUGGAGAUUCUUUCAGCUUUGUUUUUCACACACAUCCACACAAUUGAUGUACCUUCCUUGAAACAACCUCAAAACAUACCCUCUCGUUCCCUGCUUUGUACUAUAUAUAUAUUUCUUCUUAUGACAAUCAACAUAUUGGUUUAUAAGUCUUUCUUUUUUCAACAAGAGUUGAGUUGAACUCCAUUUCAAAGAUUCUGAGGUUCUUCAUUCUUACAAAGAUAAGCUGAAAAACUUGUGUUGGAAAAAGUUGUAUAGAGAAAUUAAGGAACACAAUCAUCAGACAAGAAAAUAACGUGGAAAAACUCCAACAGAUACAAUGGGUGGUUGUGUGUCAGUACCUUCUAAUGCAAUGAAAGCACCAAAGAGGCUUCAUAGGAGGAUAAUAAGACGUCGUCGUCGAAAGAUCUCGAAUUCAGUCACUAAUGAUAUCAAGAAUAUGAAUAGCAAUGGCGCCGGAGCGCAUGUAACAGAUUAUUCUGUUAGUGAAUUUGUUCAUAUGAACUUCGAAAAUGGCGCGACGACUAAAUGUAGACGGUCCGAAGUUUCUAAUGCAGCAUACCAUCUUACUCAACUAGAAUGGCAUCAUAGUCAAUAUGAUGCUGAUGCAAAUUUGAUGUGCCAAGAAGAGAGUUACUUUGAUUCAGUUAGUAUUCUGGAAUCUGAAUCAGAUGAUGAGUUCAAUAGUGUUCAUGGAGAUUUAUAUGCAGAUGGUUUUCCAUUAGGAAGCACAUCAUGUGGCCAAGUUCUUCAAUAUGAAGAAAGAUCAACAUGUGUCGUGGAAAAUAACUGUCAAUAUGAAGAAUAUCAUGAAAGUUAUGUCAAGGUUAAUGGAGGGAACGCAGAUAAGAUAAAAGGAAAAGAUGAAAAUGGUUUUGGCCUAAUCAAUUCACAUGGUUGCGGACUUUCGCGCUUAGGCAAGAAUCAAGGAAGCUUUAAAGGUUUAAAAGAUGGUAAAAUUAGUUUGGAAGAGAAUACUCAAGAGAACACAAGGAAAUCAUCAAGCUUGCACCGGUUGGUCCCAACCGUUAGUUUCAAUAAUCGGCCAAGCAAAAAGCUGUCGACGAUUUUCAGGCUUUCUUUCAAAAGAAAAUCUUGUGAUGCAGAGGAAUCAACUGAACUUGGUCAAUCGAAACGAUGUAUGUUUCGUCCGAGAGCUGGAUAUACAAUUCCAUGCCAAAAUAGAGAGAUGAUGUCCCCUGGAUGUUGGUCCGAAAUUUCACCUUCUACAUUUCAACUUCGUGGUGAAAACUAUUUCAAAGACAAGCGCAAGAUUCCUGCACCAAAUAAUAGUCCAUACAUUCCAAUUGGUGUUGAUCUAUUUGUUUGUCCAAAAAAGAUACAUCAUAUUGCAAGACAUGUUGAGCUUCCAAAUGUGAAAGGCAAGGAUGGGGAAAUCCCUCAACUUCUUAUUGUAAAUAUUCAGUUGCCUACAUAUCCAGCUGCAAUGUUUCUUGGUGAUAGUGAUGGAGAAGGGAUGAGUCUUGUGUUGUAUUUCAAGGUUUCUGAGACUCUUGAUGAGCACAUUUCUUCCCAGUUUCAGGAAAUCAUUAAGAAAUUCAUUGAUGAUGAGAUGGAAAAGGUAAAAGGGUUUGCAAAAGAAUCUAAUGUUGCAUUUAGAGAAAGACUAAAGAUUAUGGUAGGACUUGCAAAUCCUGAGGAUAUGCAAUUGAGUUCUACUGAAAAGAAGCUAGUUCAAGCUUAUAAUGGAAAACCUGUACUCUCGCGUCCACAACAUAACUUUUACAAGGGUCCUAAUUACUUUGAGAUUGAUCUCGACAUUCAUCGAUUUAGCUACAUAUCAAGAAAAGGACUCGAUGCAUUUCGAGAUCGUCUAAAGGAUGGCAUUCUUGAUCUAGGCUUAACCAUUCAGGCACAAAAACAAGAAGAGCUUCCAGAGAAAGUAUUAUGCUGCAUUAGAUUGAACAAGGUUGAUCUUGGUGACAAUGGACAAAUACCUAUGCUAAUGACCCUUGAUGGUGAAUGCUAAGGAUUUUUCAUAAUAGCAUUCAACAAUACAAACUACUAUUAUGUAUAUUAUAGUAAUUUCCUUUAUUUAAUUAGCUGAGGAAAAAAUGGGAGUUCAAUGUUAUUAUGUUGGAUAUGCAAACUCCACCCACUAGUCAUAUAUUUAUGUUUAUAAAUGUACAUUAAAAGGAGAGAAGAAAAAAUUAAUAGGACUAUUAACAUGUAUUAUUGUAAAAUGACAUGAAAUGUAUAAAAUAUUUUUUUAUUAUUUA